GAGGGGAGGCGGCUCGGGGCUGUGGGUGCAGCAGCCGGCUCCAGCUCCUGUGCCAGUGUGGAGGCUGCUGCGGCCCCUUCCGACCCUACCCGGAUCGCCCCGCGGGAAGCAGGCAAAAUGCUGGCGGUGUCGCUAAAGUGGCGACUGGGCGUGGCCAGGCGGAGGCCCAAAGACGACCGGCCUUAUUGCAAAGGUGGCCAGGACGUGGGCGGCACCGACGGGGCCUUGGCCUGCCGCAGACAGAGCAUCCCAGAGGAGUGCCGUGGUGUCACCGUGGUGGAGCUGACCAAGAGCGAGGGUAGCACGCUGGGACUGACCAUCUCAGGAGGCACCGACAAGGACGGAAAGCCCAGGGUCUCCAGCCUCAAGCCUGGAGGGCUCGCGGCCAGGAGUGACCUGCUGACUGUGGGUGACCACAUCCGGUCGGUGAACGGCAUCCGCCUGGCCCGGCUGCGCCACGACGAGAUCGUUGCCCUGCUAAGGAACGUGGGCGAGUGCGUGGUGCUGGAGGUGGAGUAUGAGCUGCCCCUGCCCGCCCCGGAGAACAACUCCAGGAUUGUCUCGAAGACAGUGGAUAUCUCCCUCUACAAGGAGGGCAACAGCUUCGGCUUCGUCCUCCGGGGAGGUGCUCAUGAAGACCUGCACAAGUCCCGCCCGCUCGUCCUGACGUAUGUGCGGCCAGGCGGCCCAGCUGACAGGGAGGGCUCCCUGAAGGCAGGCGACCGGCUGCUCAGCGUGGAUGGCGUCCCGCUGCACGGGGCCAGUCAUGCCAGUGCCCUGGCCACCCUGCAGCAGUGCGGCCACGAGGCGCUCUUCCGGGCAGAGUAUGACGUGGCUGCCCCAGACUCGGUGGCUGGGGUGACUGGGCCGCUGGUGGUAGAGAUCAUGAAGACACCAGGCUGUGCCCUGGGCAUCUCGCUCACUGCUGGAUGCCACUGGAACAAGCCUGUCAUCACGAUCGACCGCAUCAAGCCGGCCAGCGUGGUAGACAGGAGCGGGGCCUUGCAUGUGGGGGACCACAUCCUGUCUAUUGAUGGCACCAGCACUGAGCGCUGCUCCCUGCAAGAUGCCACAAAGCUGCUGGCCAGCGUGGCGGAGAAGGUGCGGCUGGAGGUCCUGCCUGCACCCCAGAGCCGAUGGCCCCCACAGCCCGUGGAUGCAGUGAAGGUGCAGAGGUGCGAGCCCCCCGGCUGGGAUCCCCAUGUGCCUUCCUGCCAUAGCCCGCGGCCCAGCUGGGGCCCAGAGCACAGCCGAGCCCUGUCCUCCAGCCCUUUCUCCUCACCGCCCGUGGAACACGCCUCUCCCCGCACACACCCCAGCACCCUGCCCCAGGGACCCCUGCCUGGGAGCCCGCGUGCCACGCCAGGGCGCAGGAAGACGCGCAGGAGGGAGCACAGGAGCUCGGUGUCCCUGGCGUCCAGCAUGGUGGGGCCUGGCGGGCAGAUUGUGCACGUGGAGACCACGGAGGUGGUGCUGUGUGGGGACCCCCUCAGCGGCUUUGGCCUCCAGCUCCAGGGUGGGAUUUUUGCCACUGAGACCCUGUCAUCCCCACCCCUCGUGCGCUUCAUCGAGCCCGAUAGCCCAGCAGAGAGGUGUGGGCUGCUGCAGGUGGGUGACCGUGUCCUGGCCAUCAAUGGUGUCGCCACUGAGGACGGGACCAUGGAAGAGGCCAACCAGCUACUUCGGGAUGCCGCGCUGGCCCACAAGGUCAUGCUGGAGGUGGAGUUCGAUGUGGCAGAGUCUGUCCUACCCAGCAGUGGCACCUUCCAUGUGAAGCUGCCCAAGAGGCGUGGUGUGGAGCUGGGCAUCACCAUCAGCUCGGCCAGCCGGCGGCGCGGAGAGCCCCUCAUCAUCUCCGACAUCAAGAAGGGCAGCGUGGCACACAGGACGGGCACCCUGGAGCCAGGUGAUAAGCUGCUGGCCAUUGACAACGUGCGGCUGGAUGACUGCCCCAUGGAGGAGGCUGUGCAUAUCCUGCGGCAGUGUGAGGACCUGGUGAGGCUGAAGGUCCGCAAGGACGAGGACAACUCCGAUGAACAGGAGGCCACGGGUGCUGUGAGCUACACGGUGGAGCUGAAGCGCUACGGGGGCCCACUGGGCAUCACCAUCUCGGGCACCGAAGAGCCCUUCGACCCCAUCGUCAUCUCGGGCCUCACCAAGCGGGGGCUGGCCGAGAGGACAGGUGCCAUCCAUGUAGGGGACCGAAUCUUGGCCAUCAACAGUGUCAGCCUCAAGGGCCGGCCGCUGAGUGAGGCCAUCCACCUGCUGCAGGCGGCCGGCGAGACUGUCACGCUGAAGAUCAAGAAGCAGCUGGAGGAGCGCCCGCUCAUGCCCCGCAAGUCGGGCAGUGCCAGUGAGGCCAGUGACACUGAAGAGGACCCACCAGAAGCCCUGAAGGCCGGCGCUCUGGCUACCCGCUUCCCGUCCACAGUGUGCAGUGUGGACAGCGCCGUGGAGUCCUGGGACAGCUCGGCCACCGAGAGUGGCUUUGGAGGCCCAGGUGCCUAUACCCCGCAGGCAGCUGUCCGGGGCACGGCCUCCCAGCAGUGGCGGCACAGCAGGGAGACUCGGAGGACGAAUUACACCCCAGGCCCCGGCCGGCAGUGCUUCCUUGGGGAUGAGGACAAUGACUGGGAGCCACCCUCGAGCCCCAUCCCUGUCCCUGGCCCCAGCCCCAGCCCUGAGAGGGGCUUCUGGCCAGCACUGGGAGAGGCCCUGGAGGACCUGGAGUCCUGUGGUCAGUCGGAGCUGCUCAGGGAGCUGGAGGCCUCCAUCAUGGCAGGCACAGUGCCCAGCGCGGUCCUGGAGGGUGGACCAGGGCCCCAGGUCUGGAGGGGCACAAGGGAGCCUCGCGCAUCUGCAGAGGAGCUUCGUGAGAUGCUACUCCCCACGGCGGCGCUGGAGAUGCACAAGGUGACGCUGCAUAGAGACUCCACAAGGCACGACUUCGGCUUCAGCGUGUCCGAUGGCCUCCUGGAGAGAGGUGUCUAUGUGCACACUGUGCGUCCUGGCGGGCCGGCCCAACACAGGGGCCUGCGGCCCUUCGACCGGGUCCUGCAGGUCAACCAUGUCCGCACGCGGGACUUUGACUGCUGCCUGGCUGUGCCACUCCUGGCCGAGGCGGGUGAUGUCCUGGAGCUGGUGAUCAGCAGAAACCCACUAGCCCCAGGCAGCCGGGCCCCAAAGGCACCUGGCCCCCGCAGCCCCCGGAUGCUCUGAAGCCAGGGAGAUCCUGACCUCAGAGCUGCUGAGGAUCUCCACAGGCCUGGCUGAGGAUGGGAAACCUCCUUGUCCAUCUGUUGGGCUGGCAGACUCUGUCUGUGUUCUCCGAUCCCAUGGUAGAUGGGGUACCCGGGGUGAGGUCCCUGCCACAGCUGGAGUGACAUCUGGACCUGUCCCACAGGCUGGGAUGAGCUCAGCCAGAAAGAGAGGCCUGGAGAGAGCAGCCAGGAGCUUGCAGGGACACACAGACACACAGACACACAGACACACAGAGACACACACCCCGGAGCUGAGCAAGCUGAAGACAGACAUCAGUGCAGUUAGGGGCCAAGGUGUGGUCCACAAGGGCUCAGGAUCAACUUCCGGAUAGAGCCACUGCAUUAGAGGCCCUGCGCCCAGGACUCACCCAAGGCAGGGCUGUGCUUCCUGCUCCAGGCCCCCAGAAGGGGACAGAAGUCUGAGUUGACUGUCUCAGCAUCUGGGACUUGAGAGAGGUCCCCAGGGAGGUUUGGCACCAGGCUGAGGGUGCCCACUGCUGGCUGUGUCAACCUCAGUAUGAGAAGGACCCACUGGGGACAAAAGACUGGGAGGUUCCAGUCAGUCACCUGCCCCCUCGAGGAGCACUGGGAAACUGAGGACCCAGUGCUCACUGGUGAAGGCGCAGCUCCUCCAGGGCCAGAGCAGAGCAAGCAGCUGCGAGCAAAGUGGAAGGGAGGGGCAUCCUCUGUCACCUGGGAAGUUCAUGCCCACUGGAAUCCAGAAGCACAGGGCCCCUUCAAACUCAACCUUUUUCAUUUUGAGAUGAGCACGGGGUGGGGCUGCUGUGGAAUGGCUCUGCCCUGACUGACUGUUAGGGUCUUGGGAGGUCAGGGCACCCCCUAGCCUGGCCUGGGAGCCUAGAACUUGCUUCCACUGUGGAGACAGGUGGGGUCAGAUUCAGUCCUUGGCUGGGUGAGCCCUAGCCACAUUCUGUGCUGGACAAUUGAGGCAGCAGUCUGAAGAGUUAACUGCUUCCGGCCACAGUCAGAGUCCCACCCUAUUCCCCCAACUCGGUUGGCUCCCACAAGUGCCCCUGAAGGUCCUUCACGCCUGUGGCCUCAUCCAGGAAUCAGAGUGGAAGCUAGACACCUCCUUGAAGGCUGGGUUUGGCACAGCCUGGUCAGGUGGCUCAGCCUCUCCAGGCCUCCGCUGAGGGACAGGGCUGAAGUGGACAUGUUCCCAGAGCUGGCAGCGGUGUGGGGAUACUGCUAGGAUGCUGGCUUAGGCUCAGGAUGAGGGAGGAUGUGUCCCUCACCCACCGCCCCACCAUCCUGGGGCGCACGUCCCCCGUGGUCCUCCAGACAUAUGCAACUGGCCUCCGGCAGGCAAGAGCAUCAGCCAUGGCCAGCUGCCUACCCAUCUUGUAUGCAAUACCCUGCUUCUCCUGGGGCUGUCCCAACUAUUCCCCACCUCCCCUGCAUCCUGCCUGCUAUGCACUCGGGGACUACUGUGGCAAUCCUACCCCCAAAGCUGUAUUUUUCUUUGGCUGGGAUUAGAGCAGAUUCCUUGUAAAGUAUUUUUGUACUCAAAGCACAACUUUCUGGGCCAAGGCUGCCUGUGGUCUGCUUGGGGCCCGUAUUCAAACCUUGGGGCAGUGCUGUUGGGGUGAUUUUUUAAAAAUAAAAUUAUUUCAGUGCACCUG